UCGUGUAUAACGUAUUCAAAGACAGAGUCCGACAGAUGUUGUCGACCUAGAAAAUGACAGACAUUUAGCAGAAAUGUAGCUUCUUUAUCGUGAGUUAUCGUGUGAAAUAGUUAAGAUAAUAUCUAAGCUAAUGAAACUAUGUACAUUUUUGUAUGAAAUCGUCUCCCAUCAUGACAAUGCAGCUGUCAUUUUAUGUCGCGUUUGCUGUUGUUGUUGUGAGCGUGUGUGUCAAUCGGGUGACGGGUUACUUGCCCGUGGAUGCAUAUGACAAUGGUCAUGUUGGGAAGAAAGGCAGCCCAAGAUACGCAGACUAUGGUCUCCUUGAUGCCCCUCCAUCAAGUUGCACAAGGGAAGCUGACUAUGAAAUCAGCCAAAAUUAUAUUAUAAGAACAAAAGACUCCAAACAAAAUGGUGCAAACUUUGUCGCUGCCUUAUCGGUGAGAACAUUCGAUGUGUGUUUGGAGCAGUGCUGUUUGAAAGAAAAUUGUGACACAACCAUUUUUGUUGGGGAAGCAUACAGGAGCGAGGAAACAAACUGCUUUCUUUUUGUAUGCAGACCGGAAGGAAAGUAUGGGGAUAAUCGAUGCUUGUUCACGUAUCAUCUGGGAUAUAUUAGUAGUAUGAAGAAAGCAUUGGGAGGAUUCCAAGGAUAUGCACCAGAUCCAAUUACAACAGCAAUACCUGUUCAACAAAUAGAAACAACAACAAAGCCAACACCACCACCUAAACAGUUUCCACCAAUUGAACCAGUUUCAAACUGCCCAGAAGGUUAUUUUGAGUGUGAUUCUGGUCAGUGUAUUAAUGAACUGUACAUCUGUAAUUCUGUGCUGGAUUGUGAUGAUGGUACUGAUGAAUAUGGCUGUAAUCCACAAGAACCACCUCCAGCAGAAAAGACCAAUGCUGAUCAAGACACGUUUACAGAAGACCAGAAACUACCCCAGUCUCAUCUUAUCCCUCCUACUAAUCCACCUAACAUACCCAAUAAAUAUUUUGCUGAUGCUGAGCCUGGGCCAUCUAUCAAAGGAGAAGCUGAUCAGACUUUGGCUGACCAGCUGAAUGACCAAUCACCAUUAGAGAAUGUUGACAAGAGUACGAGUAGCAUGCAAGAUCCAAACCAGAAUAAUCGAGAGAAGGAACUUUCUGACAUGAAGCUCAGAGUGCAGGAUGAAAGCAGGGGAAGAUUGCCAGAAGUAUUAGAUAACCAAGAACCUGAUGAGGAUGAGAAUCAAGACCAGUUUCCCGAGCUGGAGUGCCAUGGUACCACAUGCUUUGAAAUCCAGCCAGAUGGAGGAAAGACUAGGUUUGGGGGCAUCCUUGAUGAAGAACAAGAUGAAGAGGUAGAAAGAGAAAGGGUGGAUGAAAAAGAAAAUCUUAAACCCAGGCCAGAAAACCAACAAAAGAGCCCUGUGGAUACACACCAAAGAAAUCUUGAGAGAGAAGAAUACCAGACAGGGGAUUUGAGAGACGACGAUGAGAACUAUCAAGGUCCUCAGCGGGCAAAGUUGCCGGAUUACAAAGAGGAUGCUGCAAAGUUCUUGUAUGACAAGAGUACAGGAGAAUACAGACUGGAUGAGGAUGAAAGUAACACAAAAUAUGACGUCAGUGGCAAAGGUGAUGAAACAGAUCAGCAGAGAGAUGAUGAGGGAAAAGGUGGCAGAUAUUUAGAUGACAAGCAUCUGUCAGAUGUCGAAGACAGGGAUGCCUCUGAGCAGAGAGGGCUGGACUAUGAUCCGAUUGAUAGGAAGAUAAUUAGUGAUCAUGAUGUGGGUAUGAAGCAUCCAGCUGAUGUCCAAUCAACCAGAAAUGAUGCCCAUGGAGAUGGAGACGCUGACAGACAGGAUAGACCUCCUCUUCGAGAUGGUAACAAAAACCGAGGAUUCUCAAACAAUCCUCUCAAACCUCGUCCACCAACCCAGCCACCUGUAAGGCAAGGCAUCUCAAAUUCUGAACCACAUCUGGGAGCAGGAUAUGGCUACAAUAGUGACUACUACAGCUAUUACUAUCAGCCUUAUGGACAAACCCAAGAUCGUUACAGGUCCCAGCAAACACAGAAUAGCAAAUGGCAGUUUGACAGGAGUAGGCAGGACUCGUAUGGUGGUAGACACUCACAGGUUGCUUCUAACUACCAGUCAAAGAACAACCCCCACAGAGUACCUGAGACCCAAUAUGAUGACCGAAGCCGGUAUGGAACAAACACAGAUGUGUACAGCAACAACAGAUACCACAAAGUAUCAGACAUGACUUCAGAUCAUAGAAAAAACCAGAGACCGGUUGAUGAUGUGCAGACAAGGCCUCGGUACAACAGCCUGUGGAAUACCUGGCCUUACGACUACUCCAGCAGUGUCAUUCCCGAGAAUGAUCUUUCGUUGAAGAACAUCGACAGGGAUCGCCAGUAUGAGAUGUCCUCCUCAAAGAGUAGAAACCGUCUCAAAGGGCACAAGCUUAAUGGUAUAGCUGCUGAUGACAAUGCUCUGGCACCCCCUAAAUCUAACCCCACUUCCACCACCACAACCCUUUCCUCUAUCCAUCUAGCUGUUGUAACCCAAGCCCCGGUUCCUAUUGAUGAGAAUGCACCACAAUCUGUAGAAGUUGUGACAGUGGUGGCUCCGCCCAAUGAAGCAGUGACUGAUGGGAAAGCUCAGGAUGAUGGGAAGGCGAAUGAAACUAAUGUGCUAACACAACAGGACAGUCCCAAUGUACCUGAGAUGGUUCCAGAGUCCCAUGGAGGAAGCGGGAUGCCCCCAGCCAGUAGCGCUAUCUUACCCCUGGUCAUCGGCCUGGUCAUCACCGUCUGUCUUCUCAUGAUGGUUGGAUGUCGUCUGCGCUACAUGAAUCAAAGGCUGCGUUACGGACGUCUCAAGACCAGUGCACACGAUGCGGACUACCUUAUCAAUGGAAUGUACCUUUGAUAGCAGAAUGCGGAGUAGCAGAGUAGAGGGCUUCAAGUGCCCCUUUCUGUACUGUGUACUAAUAUGAUAUCAUUGUCUUUGCCAUCCUGGAGUAUCCUGGGGUCAAGAUGGCAAAGAGGUAUUUGAAAAGUGAAAAUAGUCCAAUAUUUCUUGUGUAGUGACAAAGGUGUUGCUUUUGCAAUACCAUGUACGUUGCUGGGAAUGCACACCCAUAAAACCAAUCUUGACGUAUUAAGAGCAGUCCCAAUGGGUACAGAAAUUUGAGAUCAGAAAUUUACCCAGGAGGUUGCUCUUAAAGUUUUAUAGUACUACCAAAUGUACCUUACUGCAAAUUGAUUUUAUUAUUUCUUGAUGCAGUACAGGUAACAAAACACCUUUUGAUUUGAGUACUAUUAACUAUCAUUUUGUUAAUUUGUUUUGAACAUAAUACAUUCAGGUAUUCAUGUAUUUAACCUAAAACAACCAUCAUGUAAUGUGGAUUGUUGAAGGAAUUGAUGUUCUUAUGUUAUUAAAUCUGUUUUUGUUGUAUUGGAUGAAUUCAAUAUUUACGCUUCUAACUUCUAUCCAAAAGCACAGUAGAUGACUGCCAGUUUGACAACUACAUGUACAAAUGUAACUACUUACAUGUAUGUCAACAGAUCUAUUAUCACAUUGCAAAUGUUAUGUGCAUAGUUGAGGUUGCACUGCUUUGAUCUUUUCAACUUUUAAAUUGUCAAGAGUAAGAGAAAAAAAAUUCUGUCCAUGUGUUUAGAAAUAGAAUACUGAUUUAUGUGUUUUUUUAAUCAAAUGAAAUAAAUAUGUAGAGAAAAAUGGUUUUAUUGAGCAUUAACUGUAUUAGAGCAGAUUCCCUCGAUCUGUGUACAGUAUGCAUUCAGUUCUAGCUAUGGUUAUUUACUUCUUUUCUACUGCUUUUAAUAAUAAGGUGUUUAUAAUUAUUCAUUGGUGUACAGUUACCAGUGGUUUCGUGAAAAUGGACCAUUUUUCAAUCUAGUGUACUAGUCGUACUAGUCUUCAAGUAAAUGUCAAGUGUUGUGUUGCCCAGUAAUAUACCACCAUUUGCUUAUGUUCAUUUGUGUACUUUGUCACUGGAAUUUAAAUCAUCAUCGAAAUAUACACCUUUCUACUAAUUCAUCUACAAUGAAUAGGCUCUAAUGGGGGCAUUAUAUCCUAUUUUCUUUAAGGACAAAUAAACUACUUUUUCAUGGAAGAAAAAACAAAACAUAUGUGUUGUGAAAUGUACAAAAAUUAGAAAUCAAUGAUCUUGACAUGAGAGUUGAUACAAAUAGGCAAAAUAUUCUCACUGAGCUUGGUUAUGACUGUUAUCUUCAUUACCAGGUCCCUUAGAGAGGAUCCAAACUCUGAGUUAUCUAGGUAAUUACAUGUAAGUCACAAGCGAUUGUGUUUAGUAUCUGGCUUAUAUUUAGGGAGUAAACCUUCAAGUUAAAGCUGUGUUUAUAUAAAGUAUGGCAUGAAGUCAAUGUUGGAGUAUUGAUAUCGUGGGUAUCAUUAACACACAUGUUAAGUUAACUAUAUUACAUCUGUUCUUUGAGAGUACAUGUAUGUGUAGGAAGAACUCAAUAUUACAUGCCCUAUUAGAUGAUUAUUCUGUACUCUGAUAUAAAGUCAAAUCUACUAUUACGUACUGUAUUUACGAUGACAUACUUUAUACUCAUUGUUUUUAGUGUUUAUGGUGUCUAUUGGUGUAUUUUGUAUUCACGAUCAAUUUACCUGUAUAAAACUGUUUAUUUAUAUCUUAUGCACAAAAUGUCAUGUUGGUAAAUUAUUUAUAAUGAAAACCAGAAUGAUCUUUCCAUACCAUUCCGGAUCCGUUUUUCUUCAAUAUCUUUUGUACUUGUAAGUUGCUGAUUUAUUUAUGAUUUUUAUUUGAUCAAGUCCUAAAGUUCUAAGUUAUUUUUGGCUGACAUUAUUCGAUGGGAAUGUGCAUUAAAUUAAUUCAUUUUAUUCAGAAAUUCUUUCAUUUCAUGUUUUUUAGAUGUCUUUCAUGAUUCUAGUGGUGUAUCAAAGGGGGGGGGGGGAAUUGCUGUGUGCACCACUAAUUGGAGG